UUCGAGUAGGGCUAGCUAGGGCUCCAAUGUAACGAUUAUCCAUCUGUCUGUCUGUCUGUCUGGUUUUGCAUUGGGUUGGUGAGCUUCCGUCCUUCCUCCUCCUCCUCCUCGUUUGCCCUAUUAAAUAAUCCCAUACCAAACCAAAGGAUCAUCGAUCAGAGAUCAGACGGUGCAGUCUACGACUGUGAAUCAUCGGGCAUGGCGAAUUUGUACGUUAUGGCGGUGCCACCCUCGGAUCUCAAUAGGAACACAGAGUGGUUCACAUAUCCUGGGGUUUGGACAACCUAUAUGUUGAUCCUCUUUUUCUCUUGGCUGCUUGUUCUCUCCAUCUUCGGCUGUACUCCCGGCAUGGCCUGGACCAUCGUAAAUCUCUCCCAUUUCGUUGUUACUUAUCACUUCUUCCAUUGGAAGAAAGGAACCCCUUUUUCUGAUGACCAGGGGAUCUAUAAUGGGUUGACUUGGUGGGAGCAAAUUGACAAUGGAAAGCAGCUCACACGCAACAGAAAGUUCCUAACAGUUGUACCCGUGAUGCUGUACUUGAUUGCAUCACACACAACUGACUACCAACAUCCAAUGCUCUUUUUCAUCACUCUUGCAGUAAUUGUGCUGGUUGUUGCCAAGUUCCCUAACAUGCACAAGGUGCGAAUUUUUGGAAUCAAUGGAGAUCACUGAGCUGAGCCUGCACACUGCGAAUCCCUGUUUUGCUGGUGUAGAAGCCCCUAUCCUUCCUUUGUUCUGCGAAAACAAACAUCCCUGUAUGGAAGUCAGAACUGGAGGAUCUUUUGGUAUAUAAUGUUUUUAUUUGUACUUCAUUUUACAUAUAUCAAAAAUGGUUGCUCUUAGAUGUUCAAGGAAUAAUUGUAUCAAAUUAAAAUUUGUACAGAACAGUUCUCGUGUAUUAGGAUUCAAUCACAGUGCGGUUAUUAGCCCAUGGAAUACUUAAAAAGAGACGCUAUUGUUUGUGUA